GAACUUAGACCGCGGGCUCUAGGUUCCGCUCGAGUGCUCCGGGACGACCGUGGCCUAUGAGUGUCUGUACCUCGCCGCUUUCGCUCUGGCCGGCGCGGGGCUGUGAGGCGCGGGUGCUCAGAGCGUGUACUGCGGAAGCAGGUUUAACAAAUACUUCCUUUUUCACCUCCCUGUUUAAAGAGCAGAGAAGUGGGAAGCCGGAAGCCGGAUUCUGGGCCUCCAGGAGCACUCCGUCCCCAGCAGCUCCUCCGACUCCGCGCAGCCUCUGUGACCGCCCCGCAGCCCUCCUUGUGCCCUGCAGCUCCUCCGACACCCCCCCGAGCCCCGCCCUGUUCCCGGCAGCCCUCCAGAUCCCCCCGGCAGACUCCCACCCCACUCAUCCCGCAGGCCAGGGACGGCGAACCUGGCCCGGGAUGGACAGGGAGGCGCGCGUGUUCGCCGAGAGCCACUUCCGAGGCCUUGAGGGGUGUCUCCCCCGCAGGGUCUGCCCGAAACUGGACCGCGUGGACUUCAUCGAGAAGCCGGACUCCUUUUCCUACGCCGACUUUUUCAAGGGUUACCUGCUCCCUAACUUACCCUGUGUUUUCUCCAGCGCCUUCACCGAGGGCUGGGGCAGCAGGAGGCUCUGGGUGACACCCAGUGGAAAGCCCAACUUCGAUUAUCUGCUUCAGAACUAUGGAGACGUGGUUGUACCUGUUGCAAAUUGUGGGGUCCGGGAAUACAACUCCAACCCCAAAGAACACAUGACCCUCAGGGACUACAUCAGCUACUGGAAAGAGUACAUUCAGGGAAACUACUCCUCUUCACGGGGCUGUCUCUAUCUCAAAGACUGGCAUCUGUGCAGGGACUCCUCGGCGGAGGGCGUGUUCACCCUGCCCAUAUACUUCUCAUCUGACUGGCUCAACGAGUACUGGGAUGCCCUGGACGUGGAUGACUACCGCUUCAUCUACAUGGGGCCCACCGGCACCUGGUCGCCGUUCCAUGCUGACAUUUUCCGCUCCUUCAGCUGGUCCGUCAACAUCUGCGGGAGGAAAAAGUGGUUCUUCUUCCCACCGGGGCAAGAAGAAGCCCUGCGGGAUUGCCACGGUAGCCUGCCCUACGACGUGACCUCCCCCACACUCCUGGAUAGCCGCCUACACCCCAUGCGAGAUCACUGUAGCCCCCCACUGGAGGUCACACAGGAGGCAGGCGAGAUGGUGUUUGUGCCCAGUGGGUGGCACCAUCAAGUCCACAACCUGGAGGACACCAUCUCCAUCAACCACAACUGGGUCAACGGCUGUAACCUGGCCAACAUGUGGCACUUUCUGCAGCAGGAGCUCUGUGCUGUGCAGCAGGAGAUCAUUGAGUGGAGGGACAGCAUGCCCGACUGGCACCACCACUGCCAGGUCAUCAUGAAGUCCUGCUCCGGGAUUAAUUUCGAGGAAUUUUAUCACUUCCUCAAGGUCGUUGCUGAAAGGAGGCUUCUCCUCCUGGCGAAGGGGAUGGGUCCUGGCAAGGUGGAGGGCGGCAAGGGCACCAGGCUGGGCCCCCAGCAGGCCGCUUUUGACAUUUGCCGCAUAGCUGAGGUACUGGAGUCCGUCGUGGCCCACCCUGACUUCCAGAGAGUGGACACCAGUGCAUUCUCACCACGGCCAGAGGAGCUCCUACAGCAGCUGGAGGAGGCUGUGGCCACCACCACAUCCCUUUAGUGCAUGCUGCAAGGAUCGGGUGCAGCACAUCCUUGGGGGACCCUGGAGGCACCAGUGUGGAAGGCAGUCACCCUGUGCAAGGGUCCCUUCUGGAAAUAAAGCUCUGUCCUCCUUUGUGGCCUGGGAUGUGUCACCUCCCUGUUGAACUGUCACCUCGGCGUCCCAGGCACAAUUCCUGCUCUUUGGGGUCUGAUAUGUCCUGGCUGUCUCUUGGCAUCCCUGGGGCCCCGAUGCCUGUCCAGAGGGUCCAGGCUCCUUGUCCUCGUGAGGCCCAGCCAGGACUGGGAACUGGAUCCGGUGAGGGGGGGUGCAUGGGGAGGUGUUGGUCAUUUGGACCCACAGCAAGGAGGCUGGAAAUGUGCUGGGGACUCAGGAGUGGGGGUGGCAUGUGGCUAGGUUUUCUUCUCCCCCACCCCCCAGCCUUCCCUCAGCAAAGGCCAGCAUCCAAGCUGACAGGCCUCCCAUCCUCAGCAGUGCAGGGCAGCUGGCUCGUCUGGCAGGGCCCCCUCUGCAGUAGCACCACAUCCCUGCAUGAGUCCACACAUCUCCCACUGGAGCAAGACCAUCAGUGGGAGGGUCUGGGCCCCAAGGCAGCCCCAAGACCAAAGGCCUGUGUCUCUAUCCCACACUAGAACCACCUGUGCCCACCUCCUCCCCAGCAGGAUCCUAAGCCAAGGAUGUCUGUUGGUCAGGGCUCUAGGCCUCGUGUGCUGUCCUUCAUGCAAGCCCCGCAAGUGUCAUAGGUACAUCAUUGACGUGCCGCUUGGGCCGUGCUGCCAGUAGGGCAAGGCAAAGCACCAGUGAGUUCAUCCCCCUCCUGCUUGCUACAGCACCACCUUUCCCCUUCAGAGACUAAGCCAACCCUAGCAGCUGCAUACCCAGUGAGGGAGAGGGCCUUGCCCAAGGUCUCCCUGCAGGCCAGGUAGGGCCCAAAAGGCCAGCUGGAACCUGGGCCUCUUCCACACUUCAUACACCUGUUCUGCACCAUACUACUUCAACUCAUUGAACACCCACUAUCCGCCAUCUAAAGUCACUUUGCAAACAGUGUUUGAUUCAACAACGACUCUUUGUGCACUCAUUCUGCCCCGUCCAGAAUUUUUUGUCAUUGCAGACUCUUUACACUUGUAUGUACUAUCCAGUUUCCACUUCUUGCACACCUAUAUUACACCCAAUAGUCAGAGUUUCAGGAUUCUCCAGAGAAAUGGAACCAAUAGAGUAUGUGUAGAAAGAGAGGUGUUAAGGGCUGUUGAUUGUUAAAUCUGCAGGAUAGGCUGGAGACCCAGGGAAGAGGUGACCUUGCGGUCUUGAGUCUGGAGGCUGGAAACUCAGGCAUGGUUUCUGUGUUGCAGUCUAGAGGCAGAAAUGCUUCUUUGGGAAACCUAGGUCCUUUGCUCUUAAGAUCUUCAACUGAUUCGAUGAGGCCCACCCACAUUAUGGAAGGUAAUCUGCUUAAAGUCUGUUGAGUUCACAGCAACAUCCAGACACUGGCAUUUAGCCAAACAACUGUGCACCAUGACCUGACCACACUGGCACAUAAAAUGCACCAUUGUAAUCACUCCCCGCGUAUUCACUGGUCACUCUGCUUCAUCCAGUGCCCACUUCUUAUGAUAUUGACCAGUGUCUCCUUGCUCACUCACUGUGCAAUUCAAAAGCCAAUGACUGUCAUUUCCAUUUGACUUCACACUUUGCACACCUCUGCCAUUCAGUGUGUACACACUCGCCAUGUGCAGUUCAACAGCCAAUCUAUGCAUGUGCAUCCCAC